AUGCACGUUUAUGUUUUAUACUGAAAUCAAACAAGUGUGAAUUAUGAUUUUUGUUUGUUUAUAUAAUUAUUUAUAGGGGCAAAGAAGCAAUGGAUCCUCUUAAUCUUGAAAAUAUUGACACAUUAGUUGAUUGGGUGGCUAAGGAACCAACUCUUCUUGAUAAAGAUGAUUAUGAUGUGGAUUGGGCAACUAUUGAUGAGUCUUUGCCAAAUCAAAACGUUGAUGAUAUUGAUAGUGUUGUUUAUGAUGAGGAAGAUGUCCCAGAAGUUCCUGAAAAUGAAGAAAAUGAACAACUUUGGGUUGUAGUUGGUGGAGUUAUAGGUUGUGGAAUAAUUCCUCCAAAUGAGGAUCCCUAUAAUUAUGUCCAAGAUAAUUAGUAAUGCUAAUUUUGUUGUUUGUUCAUAAUUGUCCCUUGGCAGAAACAAUUGAAGAACCCCUGUGAUGAACCUGUUUGGGUAUUUGUUUCUAUGAUUGUAAUAUGGAUGACAAUUGCCUUUUUUUUUUUCUAGCUCACAUGGGUAACUACUAAUUGGUGGAAAUUUGAUGCAAUGUGUUUGAAAUAUGGAAAGAAGGCUUUUCAUCACUGAAUUGCUUUUCUAAAUUGAAAGGAUUUGCUAUCAUUUGUUUAGUGAUUAUCAUCAUCUUACUGUCUUUAACUAAAACAUCCAAAGGACC